GUGCUGUCUUGUUUCGUCACUGAUGCACAUGAUCUUGCCUUUUUUCAAUACAAGGAAUGUUUUCACCAUAUCCCUCGUAUAUGGCACAAGGAUUAAUUUCAUAGCCCUAAUUUAUCACUGCGCCUUUCACUAAGCCUACUUAAUUUUACUCAUAUUAAUUUCCAUAGCCUUCUUGCGUUUAUUUUAGCGAAAUGGAUCGCUACCGCAAUCUAAGUUGUGCCCUCUGCUCUUCAUGACCUCGCAACACUUACACACCUACAUUCUCUAAAUGGGAUUUUCUUUUACUACUAGUUUCUUCAAAUAAAUUCGAUAUCUUUCGUUUUCGAAUCCUUUUCAUGAAAUGAAGACGACUGUGAAGAUUUGAUUUGGUUCUUUACUCACUCUUCUUCUGUGCCUUGCGUGAACCUCAAUACGCUUGCUUCAAAGUGUGCAACAUGGCUUAACGAUGCCUCGUUUCGUUGCUUCAGGGAGAGUACCGCAUUAAGUGACGGACAGAGGAAGUGGAUCCAGCGUCGAGUUUAUCUGCUGGGUUCUCCCCUGGCUGCACUCCUCUGCUCCGCUCCCCCUCUUCCCCCUCUCCAUUCAUUCUCUGUGCACUGCCAUGGAGGAGAGAAGAUUAGAUGGGACAGGCCGAUAAAACCUGGUUUUCUGGAGAGUUGGGGUGAGACAAGGACUCCAGGACUGCGGAGACACUGCCGUCUCCUGUGAAGUUCUUUUAUCAAAGCUUUUGACGUCCUUUUACAGGGACCACGAGACAACAUCAAGGCCUGCUGAUGGGAGUCGGCAAGAGCAAGCCUAAGGAGCCGGGUCAGCGCUCACUGAGUCUGGAUGGAACCAUUGGAACAGGCUUGGACAGCAUGCACCACCACCUCAGCCCAGCCCAGCAGACUCAGACCCCCAACAGAAGUCCCGCCGUAGGGGUCACGAGGCGCGCCCACCACCCCGGGCAUGCCCCCACCAACACCCCUGAGCUGGCACUGUUCGGCGGGGUGGACCACACGGGCAGCAUCAUCUCUCCUCACAGAGGACUACUGGCAGGAGGUGUCACUACAUUUGUGGCGCUCUACGACUAUGAGUCACGGACUGCCUCGGACCUGACGUUCAAGAAAGGCGAGCGGCUGCAGAUCGUCAACAACACGAGAAAGUACAGCUUCAGGGAAGGGGACUGGUGGCUCGCUCGGUCUCUGACCACCGGAGAAAGCGGUUAUAUCCCCAGCAACUACGUGGCCCCCUCUGACUCCAUCCAGGCAGAAGAGUGGUAUUUUGGGAAGAUAACUCGGCGCAACUCGGAGAGGCUCCUUCUGAGUUUACAGAACCGACGAGGAACCUUCCUGGUCCGAGAGAGCGAAACCACUAAAGGAGCCUAUUGCCUGUCCGUGUUGGACUAUGACAACACUAAAGGCCUCAACGUCAAACACUACAAGAUACGCAAACUAGACAGCGGCGGUUUCUAUAUCACCUCACGCACCCAGUUCAGCAGUCUGCAGCAGCUGGUCUUCCACUAUCGCAAGCAUGCAGACGGGCUGUGCCACUGUCUGACGGAGGUGUGUCCCGUGCUGAAGCCUCAGACCCAGGGCCUGGCCCGUGAUGCCUGGGAAAUCCCACGGGAAUCGCUCCACCUCGACCUCAAACUGGGCCAGGGCUGUUUUGGAGAGGUCUGGAUGGGGAAGUGGAACGGUACAACGCGGGUGGCCAUCAAGACCCUGAAGACAGGCACCAUGUCCCCAGAGGCCUUCCUCCAGGAGGCGCAGGUCAUGAAGAAGCUGAGACACGAGAAACUGGUGCAGCUCUACGCUGUGGUGUCUGAGGAACCCAUCUACAUCGUCACUGAGUACAUGACCCAAGGUAGCCUGUUGGACUUCCUCAAAGGUGACACGGGCAAGCUGCUACGUCUACCCCAGCUAGUGGAUAUGGCAUCUCAGAUUGCAGCAGGGAUGGCAUACGUAGAGAGGAUGAACUACGUCCACAGAGACCUCAGGGCUGCCAACAUCCUCGUAGGAGACAACCUGGUGUGUAAAGUGGCCGACUUCGGCCUGGCCCGCCUCAUAGAGGACAACGAGUACACUGCCAGACAAGGAGCCAAGUUCCCCAUUAAGUGGACGGCGCCAGAGGCUGCCCUCUACGGCCGCUUCACCAUCAAGUCAGAUGUCUGGUCAUUUGGGGUCCUGCUCACUGAACUCGCCACCAAAGGCAGAGUACCAUAUCCAGGCAUGGUGAACCGGGAGGUGCUGGAGCAGGUGGAACGCGGAUACCGGAUGCCCUGUCCCGGCGAGUGCCCGAGCUCAAUGCACGAGCUCAUGCUCAUCUGCUGGAGGAAGGAUGCCGAGGAGAGGCCCACCUUCGAGUACCUCCAGGGCUUCCUGGAAGAUUACUUUACCUCCACCGAGCCCCAGUACCAGCCUGGGGAGAACCUAUAGGUCUCAGGGACAUCGGUCCCACCACGGGACCACAUGGGUGGACUUGCCCACUUUAAACACUGAUCAAGGGACAGUUUUGCAUUAUUUCCUCCCUGUAAUGGACAAUGGUUAAGGAUGGUUUAGGAUUGGGGAGAGAGGAAGAGCUGAUCCUAGAUCUUUGGUUAUGAGUGGCUUCUAACCUGGAGCUUUUGGGGGAAGUGGGAAGCGUUGGUAAUAACUGAUCCCAAGACAGUAGCAUUUUCUCCACUAAAAGUUAAGGUUAGGAUUGGGGGAGAGGAAGCUCGUCCUAAAUCUGUAGAUAAGGGAAACUUCACCCCGGAGAACCCUAAGGGAGGACUGAGGAUAAUGAGAUGGGGCAUGACCAUUGUUUUGACCCUCCCUCUCUGUCCUUAGUACCCUUCUUCUCAAAGGCUCUGUCCAGAUUCCUUCACGCUUCUCCCAAAGUGUGCACUACCUGUCAAGCAUUGGCUAGACUAGAGGAAGUCUCCCCCAUUGUUGAAAUCUGUUUGGAGAAUCUAGAUGCAGCCAUAGUGCCACAGCAUCUGUCCUCUCCACCUCCUCUUUUUGCAGAGCACUGCCAACGUGGCAUAGGUGCCAUCUGUCUAUUGUCCCUCUCUCUUGUGUGAGCCAAAUGGCACCCUAUUCCUUAUACAGUGCACUACUCUUGACCAGAACCCUAUAGACCCUCGUCAAAAGUAGUACACUAGGGCUCUGGUACACUAGUAGGUAAUACGGUGCCAUUUAGGACUCAGCCUCUGUGUGUGUGUGUUUCGCUCUGUCUGUCCCUCUAUCUCUUUGUUUAUCUCUUUGUUUAUCUAUCUCUAUCUCUCUCUCUUCCUAUUUCCUCCUCUCUAUAUCUCUCCAGUAUUCUCAAGUGCUGCUUACUCCAGGUCAUCAGGUGUCUCCAAAACAAAUGUCACAUUUUUUUAAAGGUUUUUCUUUGUUUGUCUUAUUUUUUGUUGUUUUUUACAGAUUCUACUUUCUUCCGUGUCCAUGUCAAUAAAACUGUAAGUUGCAAAGCUCCCAGACAAUUUCACGUGAAACCAUUUGGAAGACAGCUUUAUAUUAUACCCAUAGAAGUGACGUCAAGGAUACUCAGCGUUAAUACAGACUCACACUAGUAAAAAAUGUCCACAUUG